GACCUGGAUUUCGCGCGUGGAUGAUUUAUGUUUGAUGUCACACAAAAUCGAAGACUUACAAGCGAAAACCGACAAACUGGUCGAAGAAGCAACCGGCGAAGACAGGACUCCAUGUGAACAUAGACAAGAUGGAGGUUAUGAAAAUAACCAACCAACAACAACAGCAGCAUCAGCAACAUCCAACGACAAUCACCAUCAACGGGAGGGAUUUGAAAGAGGUUACUUCAUUCACUUAUCUAGGAAGCAUUGUCUCAACUACAGGCAGUCGGAACGGACGAAGAUGCCAAAUCGAGAAUAAUCGGGAAGACGAAAAACACAUUCACCAACCUGAAAAACCAAUCUGGAAAUCUUCGUCACUCAGCAUCAACAACAAAAUUCGGUCGGAUUUUCAAUACAAACGUCAAGUCAGUCAGUUCUUCUAUACGGAUCAGAAACUUGACGGGCGGGUCACAAAGUAUAUUUCCAAAAGGCUGCAGACCUUUAUUAACAACUGUCUUCGCUCAAUACUGAAGAUCAGAUGGUCGGGCCGGAAAGAAUCACCAACAAGAAACUAUGGUGGGAACAAAAAAAACAAGAACCAAUCGCCCAACAAAUAUGCAGGAGAAAGUGGAGAUGGAUCGGACACUCG